AUACACUGAAUCUUAAACCUCUACGUGUACUUCCUCCAUGGCUGGAGGGUCCUGUUUCCCGUACUUGACCGCCGAAAUCACCCACUUUCACGUCACCUGUCCCCCCUAUACAUAUCACAUUCAACCCAACUCAAAAUUCCAUAUUCAUAAAAUGCUCCAUCAUAAUAAUAUUAAGGAUCAUACCAUAUCUUCAUCCCCGUCCGUUAGCAGUUGCCUGCAAGCCGCGGGUUGUUCCGAUAAAGCCGAGGUUAUCUUAACCCGACGGAGACGAACCGAGCUGAGGUGGUUGAAGGCGUUAUCACAUGGAGAUGAUAGUUUAAUAAAUAUAAAGCAGUUUGUAAAAGUUCAAGAUCCGCCACUGUGUGAACAUGAUCAUGAUCAUGAUUUUGCGCAUCGAUGUUCGGUGAUCGGGAGGCGUAGGGAGAUGGAGGAUGCGGUGAGCGUGGAGCUCGGGUUUGUCGAGUUUUCGAACUCGAGGAAGUUUGAUUUUUAUGGGGUUUAUGAUGGUCACGGUGGAUCGCGAGUUGCGAGUGCGUGUCGCGAGCGGUUGCAUAAGUUGGUUGCGGGGGAGAUGUUGGUGAGGAAUGCGAGUGUGGAGGGGGUGAAUUGGGAGGGUUUGAUGGUGGAGGGUUUCGCGAAGAUGGAUGAGGAAGUUAAUGAGACGGAUAUUGUUGGGUCGAUGGGUUCGACCGCGGUUGUGGCCGUGGUUGGGGAUGAGGAGAUUGUUGUUGCGAAUUGCGGGGAUUCGAGAGCCGUACUUUGUCGGGGCGGGGUUGUCGUGCCGAUGUCGAAUGAUCAUAAGCCGGAUAGACCCGACGAGCUAGAAAGGAUCAAACACUCGGGAGGAAGGGUGGUGAAUUGGAACGGGCAACGUGUACUCGGAAUUUUAAGUACUUCAAGAUCAAUAGGUGAUCAACAUUUAAAACCUUAUGUAAUAGCAAAGCCAGAGGUUAUUGUAAAGAAAAGAGAGGACAAAGAUGAAUUCAUAAUAUUAGCUAGUGAUGGUUUGUGGGAUGUGAUAUCUAACGAUUUGGCGUGUCAUGUUGUGCAAAAAUGUCUCGAUGGAAGGAUUAUUUGUCGAAGGAGAUCGAACGAUAGCAAAUACAGAAUCACGAAUGCGGCUGUUGUUUUAACGGAACUCGCAAUGGCACGCGGAAGUAAAGAUAACAUAAGUGUUGUUGUUGUGAAUCUUAAGAUUAGAUCUCAUGUUGUUGGUGAUACAUGAAAUGUUCAUGUUUUUUAUUGCA